AUGGAUAAUACCUUGAGCUCCUUGGAGAGGAAAAUGACUGUCUUUAAAGGGAACUGUGAAAUGGAGGGGAACCCAGAGGUGCAGUUCAGGCAGUUCUGCGUCCAGGAGACCAAAGGACCCCGAGAGGUUUGCAGCCAACUCUUCCGCUUUGACCAUCAAUGGCUAAAGCCAGAAAGGCACACGAAAGCUCAGAUGUUGGACCUGGUGAUUAUGGAGCAGUUCCUGGCUAUCCUUCCAGUGGAGAUGGAGAGCUGGGGAAAGGAUCUGUUUGCAGGGAUGGGCUCAGGAUCCUCUGAGGCAGAGAGGACUCGGUUGGACAGCAGAGAGAGGCCACUGGGUGACAGAAAGACUUUGGCAAAACCUCACCCAUCUUUUCAUGGUGUCAGAGGGGAAGCGGUGGCUGUGGAAGCAGAUCAGGGUUCAGUGUGCUUUGAAGACGUCGCCGUUUCUUUCACAGACGAGGAGUGGGCAUUGCUGGAUCCUGACCAGAGAGCUCUGCAUAAGGAAGUCAUGGCGGAGAAUCGUGGGAUCAUGGACUCUCUCAGUGGUGAAAUGUUAGAAAUCCACACAGUGGAGAAGGUACACAAAUAUUUGGGGCGUGGAGAGAGUUUAUUUCGGAAGUUCCGUCUCACUUCCCAGGACAGAACUCGCAGAGGAGAGAAACAAUAUCGGUGCUUGGCAUGUGGAAAGAGCUUCAGUCACAAAGCCAACCUCGCAACCCAUCAAAGAAUUCAUACCGGGGAGAAACCCUGUUUGGAAUGUGGAAAGAGUUUCAGAUACAGGCGCACCCUCACUUCCCAUCAAAGAGUUCACACAGAGGAGAAACCGCAUCAGUGCUUGGAAUGCGGAAGGAGCUUCGCCGGGAAGAAAUGGCUCACUUCCCAUCAAAGGAUUCAUAAGGGGGAGAAACCCCACCAGUGCUUGGAAUGUGGGAAGAGCUUCAGCGAGAGCACUUAUCUCACAUCCCACCAGAGAACUCACAGCGGGGAGAAACCAUUUCGUUGCUUGGCAUGUGGAAAGAGCUUCAGUCACAGGGCCAACCUUGCAGCCCAUCAGAGAAUCCACACCGGGGAGAAACCGUUUCAGUGCCAGCAGUGUGGAAAGCGCUUCAGCCAGAGCACCCAUCUCACUACCCAUCAAAGAACUCACAGCGGAGAGAAGCCAUACCUGUGCCUGGAGUGUGGGAAGAGCUUCAGUCACAGGCACACUCUCACUUUCCACCAAAGAAUUCACAGCGGGGAGAAACCGUACCACUGCUUUGAAUGUGGCAAGCGCUUCAGUCGUAGCGACAAUCUCGCAGCCCAUCAAAGAACUCACAAUGGGGGGAAACCAUAGCAGUGGCUGUGUACAUAUUUAAAUUUAUGAGACUUUAAUUAAACUGUAGGUGGGUGGGGAUUGCAACUGUGUUCAUGUCCUUUGACUACCCAGCAAAGAAGUCCUCCUCCUCUCUCAGGACCAUGGAGUGCACCAAUAACUCGGUGCCUAACAUAUCUUCACAUUGCAGACCCAGAUGUACAAAGUGCAAUUUGGAUUACUUUUUUGACGUUCCAUUGGGGAAGAGGGUCACAAGUGGUUUGGCAACCCUGGUGAGGUCGUUGUCAACCAGUGCCAUCCAGUUGCAUUUCCCUAGGUGCUCUGGUCAGGAGAGAGAAAGGGAGAGUUUUAGGCAAAUCACCCUUUUUACUCCUCUCCCUGGAGAGAAGAGGGAUCAGUACACUCAAAAUACUCCUGGUUUUGCACCUGUUGGUCACUGAAUGAAGAUGCGUGUGUAGAAUUACAGAAUCACAGAACUGUGGAGUUGGAAGGGGCUCCCAGAGGCAUCUAGUCCACCCCCGGCUGCAGUGCAGGAAUUGCAGCUAAAUUGGGAGUGGAUUGACCACAUCGCCAUCGAUUAAAACGACACACACUUUAAAAUCUGAUUUCUUUUUAUUGUUAUUGAAUGACUUUGUUCUAAACAGAAGAAGUAACACAGCUCCUUCUCUCUCUCU